AUGCAAAAGAUGGUGAUGUCUAUCGCAACCUUCUUGCGUAACGCAAAAUCUGCGUUUACAGACCUUAAAAGUCAUCCCUCGAAACUCAAGUUUGUCAUCGGGAAUCAAUCAGGGGAUUUGGACUCGAUUAUUUCUUCAAUUAGUUAUGCUUACUUGAGCUAUAUCGCCGAAUAUACUUCGCUACCGUCUAAUCACGUACCACCAAGGAUAAAUACGAUUCCAGUUUUGAAUUUCAAAAGCUCAGAACUAGAAUUGAGAAAAGAUGUGGAAUAUUUAUUCAGUGAUCUUAAGGUGGAGAAGCAGGACUUAUGUUUUAUCAAUGAGUUGAAAUUUAAUGCUGAAGAAAAGCAAAACUUGGAGUUGGUAUUGGUCGAUCAUAACUCUAUUGAAUCUAAUAUCAGGAACCAACUAUAUUAUAAAGAUGGAAAUAUUGUAUCUAUAAUUGAUCACCACAAGGAUGAAAAUCAAUACUUGGAUGCCCAACCAAGAAUCAUUGAGGUGGUUGGCUCAUGCUCCACGAUGAUUGCAAAACACUGGUUUGAAAAAUUAGGAAUAAUGGAUAACAAAUUUCAAAUCAAUAGAUCCUCGGCUAAUGAAGUUGGUAAAAAUUUUGAUUUGCAAGAAUUGGCCAAACUACUUCUUGGACCUUUGUUGAUCGACACUUCAAAUUUACAAUACAAGACCACCCCUGACGACAUUGGCAUUUUCAAAGCAUAUAGAGAAAUAUCAACUGGGUUAAAUACUACUGAAUACUUUGAUAUUCUAAAAAAAGAGAAAGACAACAUUGAUACUUUAAAAGCUGUUGAUAUAAUUAACAAAGACUACAAGGCUUAUCAAUUUGUUAACCCAGAAUUGAACUCCGAGGUUCAAUUAUUAGCAGGCGAGGAUAUUAUUAUCGGCAUAACAUCGAUUGUGAAACCUAUGGGAUGGUUAUUGAGUAGAGAUGGACUUUUAGAAAUGGAGAAAAGUAUUGAUGAGUUUGGAAAGGCUAAUAAUGUUAAUGUGUUGAUUUUAAUGACCAAUUUCAAUGAUGCUACUCAUGGUUUCUGUAGGGAAUUGGCGAUAAAGCCGAUUAUAGAUGCAACAGGGCCGGCUACUCAAGCAAAUGUGAAAUUAUCUCAAUUCUUAAAAAGAAAGCUUUUAACUAGUGACUUAGAAUUGCAACUUAAACUGUCAAGUAAUAGAGAGGGAGGAUUACAAGUAUAUAGCCAGCAUAAUCUAAAGGCCAGUCGCAAGCAAGUAGCGCCAAUUCUACGGACUUUGUUGACCUAA